AUGACAAUACUCCGACGGACUCCCACUCAUGUCCAAUCCAUUCAUGCGACGCAGCAUAUAGUUGGCAAUUUUGACUUCUACCAUCUGAACAUGAUCAUUUCAGGCGCAUGUUCUUUGAUCGCCAUUGUAAUAAUGCUCAUAUUCAAACAAAUGCACGCAACGCAUCUUUCAAACCCAACCGAGCAGGUCAAAAUCAUGCGCAUCGCUACUUUGAUCACCAUGUUUUCGAUCAUUUCUUUCCUUUCCGUCGCCUUCCCCAAAGCAUACGUAUACAUUCAUCCCUGGCUGGGUUUCGUGGAGGCGUUUGCCAUCGGCUCAUUUUUCCUCCUCCUCUGCGACUUCAUCUCUCCGAAUGACGACCAGCGGGACAUUUACAUCGCAGCCAAGAGGCACAACGGAGCAAAAUGGUUCAGAAGUCGCUGGAUCAUGAUCUUCCAGCUCCCAAUCGUGUCGUUUGUCGUCGCUGUCGGAACAGACAUCACGGCCGCUGCGGGUAUUUACUGCGAGUGGAAGAGCAGCCCGAAGUUUGCAAAAGCCUACUUGGGCGCAUUGGGAGCCAUAUCUCUGACCCUGGCCAUGCUGGCUAUCCUCCAGUUCUAUGCGCUGCUAAAAGCUGAGCUUGCGAAUCACCGGCCACUCUUGAAGCUCAUAGCGUUCAAGGCGAUUGUCAGUUUGACUUUUUUCCAGGCUAUCCUGUUCUGGAUUCUGACCGAUACGGGGGCGCUGAAGGAAAGCGCCACGUUGACGUACGCCGAUCUUCACAUUGGCCUUCCCAACAUGAUUCUUUGCAUCGAAAUGGUCCCCCUUUCGUUGUUCUUUCUCUGGGCAUACCCUUGGGGAGUGUAUCUCGCCGGAAAGGGAGGUUUCGAUACAAAGGUGGCAUUGACGAAUCCAUACCAGGGAGGACCGUUUGGGAUCUGGGCUUGGUUGCAGAUGCUCAAUCCUUCUGACACCUUCAAAGCGAUUAUUUUCAUCUUCAAGCCGUACGAGAGCUCGAAGCUUCAACCGAUGGAUGACCAAUUAGAAAUGGAGAGCCAGCCCCUGACCCCUAACAAUCAUGGGCAUUCCAGGCUCUAG